CAGAAAUGCAGAAAAAAGUUUUCGGUAGUGCGACGACAUUUUUAAAAGAAAUAAACGCGUACCGCUCCGUAAAUGUCGAACUAGUUAAGUUGCAGCGUGAGAGGGGCGUUCCGGCAGAGGAAGUGUGCGACCCUUUGCCGCGGUAUUACGGAUCGCAGGUAAACAGCGCCGGCGACGACUCCGUGGCGGCCGAUGACAACGCGGUGCUCCUGCUGGAGAACCUGGCCUCCAGCGGCUACCGGAUGGCAGACCAGAUGGCAGGACUCGACCUUCCGCACGCCAGGAUGCUGGUCAGGAAGAUGGCCCAGUUCCAAGCGUCAGCUGUCGCUCUCAGGCUCCUCAAACCAGAAGUAUUUAAAAACGUUAUCGAAGGCAAGUGUAAAUUCGACAGCAUGCCACCUGAAGAACAGAAGCGAUUCAGCGACGUUAUGGUGGAACACAUGUGCCGGCUUCCAGAGAUCGCACCGUUCAAGGAUAAAGUAAAAGCUGCUUUCGAACGCCUCAGUGAUUUGCCGUUCGCAAAACUUUGGGCGGAAGUUGUGGAACCAUUUGCUUCGCUAUCACACAAUGAUUUGUGGGUUAACAACAUGGUUUUCCGAUACGAGGACAGUGAGAAGCCAACGGACGUUAAAUUUUUUGACUUCCAGACUCUGACCUACUCUUCACCCGUAAGAGACCUCGUAUUUUUCCUGUAUACCAGCCUACGAUACGAUCUGGUUAGAAACAGUGUCGAUGAACUGACAGACGCUUACUAUGAGAGCUUUGUGACCUGGCUAAAGAAACUGGGGUGCAACACGGAAGACUUCACGGAAGAAAAAUUUAGGAAGGAAAUUGACAGGAUCGCUCCGACAGAGAUUAUACACAUACUGAUGAUACUGAAUGUAAUGUGUGCCGACGACCAUGAGAAGUUUUCUGCACAUAACAUGCAGAAUUCUGGUCCUACAUUUUCUUCGAGUGAAAUGUAUCGAAAGAAAGUAUUAAUUACCCUCCAAGACUAUGAUGCAAGGGGUUGGUUACAAGAAAAUUAUACUAGCUUGCGUAGACUUCUAUGUAUCUUGAGACUGGAUGUUCAUGUUCUCCUACAAUUCUAUAAACGAAUAAAAUAUCUUUCACAUGUUCCUCUUAUCUGA